AUGAUCAGCAGCCCAGGAUGGACAAAUCAACUAGAAGACUUCGCUCUCCAACUUCUGCAAGCUGUCAAGAACCAUAGAAACGAGAGUUAUCGGAAACAACACCGCCCUAUCAUAUUCCUGGGCCAUAGUUUAGGGGGUCUGAUCAUUAAGAAGGCUCUCAUCACUGCACAUGCCAGAUCUUGCGCUUUCUCCAAUAUCUUGGAGCACACGAAAGGUUUGGUCUUCAUGGGCACUCCUCAUCGUGGGGCCGAUGCAGCGAAGUGGGCAGCGAUGGUUCAGUCUGUUCUCAGCACGACUCGCAUGGGCCCUGACACGGAUCUGUACAAAGAUCUGAAAGAGAGGUCCAGUACCCUGACGCAAAUCAACAAUGAUUUCCCUGAGCGUGCAGCCCACUUACAACAUAUUCUGAGCUUUUACGAAUUGCUUGUCCAGCCAGAACUUAAAUCCCUCGUUGUGGAACGGUCCUCUGCUCUCAUGGGAUUACCUAACGAAAUACCUAUCGCUUUGAAUGCUAACCAUCGUUCAAUGUGUCGGUUCGCGAGCGCAGAUGAUGCCGCAUUCACGGCCGUAUGGAAGCCAAUCAGAGAUAUGAUCAAAGCUAUCCGUGAAGGAGGCACACGAGCAUGUAAGUUUACCAAGACCAUUUCUCGUAAAUCUGGAGAAAGCUGA